GCAGACAGUAAAAUGCCUGUUCACUGGUCUUGCCCCUUGGCGUCCAAUUGCCUUGGCCUUCUGCUGCGCGUACACGAACACUAUGUUGCGCGCCCUCUCGCCUUCUCGCUCUCGAUCUUCCCUCACAUCACAACAUCGAGACCAAACAUCGCCUCAAGUUCAGUCCACUCACAACAUGUCUUCCUCCCCCAACGGCAUGACAUACCUCCAGCGCCUGGCCGCAAGGCGCAUUGCUGAAGGCCGCGAUGCCAGUGUCCACUUUGAAUGUGUGCCUCCCCCGGGCAUGUCCGUCAACAUGGCUCGUGUCUACCGCGACAAGCCCCCCGCCCAAUUAAGUGAACGAUUGUUGUGCUGUUUUGAUCAGCAGCUGAUUUUGUGCAGGCCCCAGUCGUCGGAAUGCCUGGCAAGACCGAUCCCGCCGCCAGUUCUGCUGCCCCUGCCUCUGUCGCCCCUGAAUCUGCCGCCUCCAACUCAGCUGGCCCUGAAGUCCAGCCCGAAGCCCAGUCUGCCUCCAUCCAAGCCUUGAUCGGUGCCAUUCAAGAGCACACCACCGCUCUCGACCGCAACACCGCCGCGCUUGACCGCGCAGCUGGCCUGUGGCCCUGAACAGGGAACACGCCACUGCGUGUGUCUGCAUGGUAGGGUUGUAGAACGACCUGCGUGCGCGAUACAACACUAGAUAGCCAGGGCCG